GCGAUGUGUAGGGGCAGACAUGACGUGAUUCACGCGUUGUUUUGUCUGGCCUUGUGGAGUACACGCUCCGUUCUGACAUUGUCUAAACAUGUCACUGGACUUAGCCUGAUCCAACUCUACUGGCAUGCCGUUUGUCAUUUACUGACAGCUACUGUCAUUUACUGACACAACCACUGACUCAGCUUCCUAUAAAGUUUCAAGUGAAUGCCGCACAAGUCCGACGUCCGUCUGCUCAGCUGUGUCCUCAGACGAUGUUUCUCACGGCGGACUCUGCUGGCCCUGCUCUCGCUGGUCCUGCUAGCCCUGGUCAGCUUACACCUGGGCAGCUUACACCUGGGCGAGUCCUUGAUCUACCGCCCUGACCGCCUGCAGAAGAAGCCGCGCGAUGACGUCAUCUGGCCUGGGUGUGUCCUGCCACGACUUGAGGUCGACGACCCGGUGAUGAAACGCUUCUACGCCGUGCCCGCCCCCAUCACGUGCUCGCCAGACCCGGACUGGGUGUACGUGGACAACGGCACCCUCAGGUUCUCCCCUCAAGUGCUGGCCAAGUUGGGCAACUUCUCCUGUGAUUAUUUCCCCUUGCUGCGGGGCCGGACAGACGAGUCCGUGUCCUGGGGGCAGAAGGUGACCCGUGUGGUGGGCGGGGCGCCAAUCUCAUCCGACUACUUUAAAGUGGACUGUCGGACGACAGGGGAGCCUGUGGUCACUUACACCGACAUACACCUGGGGGUGGCGCCUAACAAAGUCAUUGAAGAACGUUUUUCACGCGUCCGGCCACCGGUCAGUGGUCUAGACGGACUCUCAAUUCUUGUAUUGGGCUAUGACUCAAUGUCGCGAAUGUCCUGGAUACGGCGCAUGCGCCAGACGAGGGAGUAUUUCCUGUCCGUGUUAGAUGGCAUCGAACUGGAAGGAUUCAACAUCAUGGGCGAUGGUACUCCGGCAGCUUUGUUCCCGAUACUUACAGGGCACCACGAGACGGAAAUGUACGAGUCACGCCGGAAAUUUCGGGGUGCCAGGCCAGUAGACGACUACCCCUGGAUCUGGAAAGAUUUCGCUAACGCGGGAUACAUGACGUCAUGGGCAGACGCUGAGGUCUACAUGGCGCCCUUUAAUAUGAGGCUGCUGGGUUUCAAACGUCCACCUACAGACUACUACAUGCGACCCUACUACCUGGGGGUGGAGCUGAUGAAGAAAAGCAAGAAGUACAAGCCCCACUGCCGGGGCUCGCUGAGCCAACACAAGAUCUGGCUCGACUGGCCCCGGGACAUGUUCUACAUGUACGGCAACAGGCCCAAGUUCAUGGUCCACUUCUACGCCAGUCUCAGCCACGACGACAACAAUCGGCUCAUUCACGCAGACGGCGAGCUGAAGCACUUCCUGCAGGACCUGCAGGACAAAGGCUACCUGAACCACACGGUCCUGGUCCUCAUGGGGGACCACGGCGCCAGGUUCUCUCAGUUCCGUGAGACUUGGCCAGGUAAACUUGAAGAGCGCCUGCCUUACCUGGCCUUGAGGUUCCCGCCCUGGUUCCACCAGAAGUACCCGGGGGUGGUGAAGAAUGUCAGGCUAAACAAAGAUCGACUGAGCACACCUCUGGACCUGCAUGCCACUUUUGUUGACGUCUUGAAGUUUGAGGGCUCUGGGCGGGGAAGUUUGAAGCACCGUGCCAUCAGCCUGUUGAAGGAGAUCCCAGUGGAGCGUGGCUGCCCUCAGGCCAACAUCAGCAACCACUGGUGCGCCUGCUUGAACUGGGCACAGGUCCCCAGCACUGACCCUUUCGUCGUGAGGGCAGCCCUGACAGCUGUGGAUAAGAUCAACAACCUGACCAGUCCGUUCAGGCCCGAGUGUCACAAGCUGAUGCUGCACAAUGUCACGCUGGCCACCAAGCUGGAACCCCAUGAAGACUUUGUCAGGUUCCGUAAGUCUGUCGACAUUCACGGCAGAGUUGCAGACUUCUCGGCGGCCAGCACCAACAAGGUGGUGCUGUACCAGAUCACCUUCUACACGCGGCCCGGCCAGGGUCAGUUUGAGGUGACCGUCAACCAUGUCCAGACAUCUGACCGCAUGGAGGUCAACGAGAAGGAGAUGAGCAGGAUCAACAAAUAUGGCACGGACUCGCUCUGUAUCAUGGACAAGGACAGACAGCUACGGCAGUUUUGUUACUGCAAGUCUACAGCGUCAACAUAACAGCCAACCUGUACUACAGCUUUAACAUAACAGCCAACCUGUACUACAGCUUCAACAUAACAGCCAACCUGUACAGCUUCAACAGCUGAUCUCAAUGUGUGCCUCAUGGAACAAAUAACAUGAUUCAUUUUGUUAAAUGGCGUAGUUAUUGAAAACAUUUGAGAAAAAAAUGAAUUAUCAAAUGCGAUAUUUAUUGAGCUAUUUAUUGUAAUGCAGUGCAUGCUGGCGAGGUAUCCAUUGACGUGGGCACUGGUCAGAAAUAUCUGCUCCCCAGCUGUGUGACCCAAAUGACUUGCCGCUCAUUUAGCUAGGAGUCAUCAAAUGUUAAAGAAAUACACUUUUUCCGCCACUCAAUCCGAAUAGAGAGACUCUCUCCUUCAAAUCUUGGAACAGUUUGUAUGUUUAACUCAAUGUUCAGUGAUAUUUUACCCAAGUUAACUUUAGUUGCCUGAAACGCAUUUGUUGUAAGCUCGUAUUGUAUACGACUUGUGAACAUUUAAAUACUCUACGUCUGUAUUAGAAAUCCUUUAAAUUAUUUAUUAUUGCCCUUCGCAUAAACUGAUGCUCAUUACUUCCCUUUGAUUUCUACAUCACCCGUUUAUCUACGGGGUAGCCUGGUAGGUUUUUGUUGAAUAUUAUAGGCAAUUGUAUGAGGUUAUCGAUUAGUGCAUGACUAAGGGCAGCACACUUCAUCGCAAUGAAUGGCAUUAUCUUCAUGAGUUAAAAUAUUUACAGCACACAUGAUCACAAUGAAUGGCAUUAUCUUCAUGAAAUAUUUACUGAGUGUGUGAUACGAAUACCAUUAAGAGUGAAAAUAUCGAAUGUGUGAUAUCGAAAUAAAUAUUAGUGUGAUAAUAUUUCAUAUGUGAAUAUUCCCUUGAAUCUCCCAUGCUUAUCUAGGCAGUGAAAACUUUGUAUAUGCUGCUGAAAGAUUAAGCAAAGUUUGACUUACCAUUAACAAUCAUCACCCUCAAUGGAUACAUACAUUGAAUGGGCAAUGACAUUUUACAGCAAGAAAAAAAAAUGGUUGGUGCCUGUAUAGCUCCAAGGAUUUAAAAAAAAUAAUUCUCGUGGCUACACCCCCAGUCCUACACUAGUCACCACUACACCCC